CUGAACAAGCCUGCUCGCGAGUAUCAGGCUCUGUUGAUGUACAUUUUCUCGACGCGCUCGUUUUUAACGCCUUUCCGAAAAUAUAAAUUCGGCAUUUAAUCGCUUAAUUUAUAGCAAGUUUUAAAUACAACAUGGCAGCUGCAGAAGUGUCGCAAUUUCAAAGUCAUUUUACGUCGUGUACGGAGUUUUUCUUUCUGGCAAGUGAGCCACUGGCUGCUCUGUUGUGCUUUCUGUGAGCAAAAAAACACCGCGAAAAUAUGAACACGCACAAUGCCAUUCGUUCAUUUGCCAGCAUACGUCAAUAUCAUGAUUAUAGACCGCUUAAAACGCAUUCAAGAUGAGUUAUUCAGAAAAGCCAGAUGAUGUUACAAAGGAGGAAUGGAUGGAUAAGCUGAAUAACGUGCACAUUCAGAGGGCGGAUAUGAACAGGCUCAUCAUGAACUAUCUUGUAACGGAGGGCUUUAAAGAGGCUGCAGAGAAAUUCUGUGUGGAAUCUGGGAUUGAACCAAAUGUGGAUCUGGACUCUCUGGAUGAAAGGAUAAAGAUCAGAGAGUUGGUUCUGAAAGGUCAGAUCCAGGAAGCCAUUGCACUCAUUAACAGCCUCCACCCAGAGCUCCUUGACACAAAUCGAUACCUCUACUUUCACCUUCAGCAGCAGCAUCUGAUUGAGCUGAUCCGUUUGCGGAAGACUGAGGCAGCGCUGGAGUUUGCACAGUCGCAGAUGGCUGAACAGGGGGAGGAUAGCAGAGAAUGUCUUUCUGAGAUGGAGCGGACCUUGGCACUGCUCGCUUUCGACAACCCUGAGGAAUCUCCAUUUGGAGACCUGCUCAACAUGAUGCAGAGGCAAAAGGUGUGGAGUGAGGUGAACGAGGCUGUUCUAGAUUAUGAGAACAGGGAAUCUACUCCAAAAUUAGCAAAGUUACUGAAGCUCUUACUGUGGGCUCAGAAUGAACUGGACCAGAAAAAAGUGAAAUACUCCAGAAUGACAGACCUCAGCAAGGGCACCAUUGAGGGCUCCAAGUAGAGAAUGUAAUCUAACCACAAGGACACAUUUGUUGACACUAUUUAUAAACACUCAGUGAUUGGAUGGGAAAUACGUAUAUAUCUAUAUAUAAUGGCUUUUUCUUGAAAAAUGCCUCUAAAAAAUAACCUAAGCACAUGUAUAUGAUAUUACUUCAAACAGAACAUUACUGAAACAGUAAGCCUACAUUUUUAUGUUGGUAGCCUAUUUUCCGAAGAACAGAAUAUUCAAAUGAUACUGUUUAUUUUUUUUUGCUGCCAAUUCAAAAUAUCUUCAUGCUGAAAUUAGGCUGCUAUUUGAAGACAAAUGGGCAAUACAAGCAUUUGGUCAGAAAGAAAAAGUCUUCUGAUUUAACAUUGGUUAUGCUAGAGAUAUGGAUAUAAUUUGUGGCUGAAAAUGCCAGACAACUUUUCCCAACACAUUGCAAAAUUUAUUUUGCCCUUUUUUUUUUUUUUACUUUAAAGUUUUCCAUUUAAUUAUUAUUUUUUUAUUUAAUGAUGUGCACUCUCAACGCUUAGUAGGAUUUAUUUAUUCAUUUAGAGUAGUUUCAUCAUUAUGAAGGAUUCAACAAUAUUUUGCAUUUUAUUUUUGAGUGUAGACAGAUGCUAGUAAUGUCAUGAGAAAGUUUUCGAGUGAUGUUUUAGACAGCAAUGACUAGCUUUAUAAUUUAAAAUAAAAAAUAUUGCUUAUGCUAUUGUUACUACAAACCUAUUAAGAGUUUGCCUUGCUCUUGGGGUUUUUCCUCUUUUAGGUUCACAUUUUGUACUGCCUGUUUGAGAUAAAAGUUGAUUUAUCAAUAGACUUGAUUUAAUUCACCGUCAUCUACAUUUCACAAGGUCAAAUCUCAAAAUUCCAUUGUGAUCCUUUUGAUACACAAUAAUAACUUGUUUUAUUGUGGUCUUAUGUAAGUGGUUUUAUAAGAAUGAUCACAUUUCUUGUGGUCCAUUUAUGUUGCUUUCAUUCAUUUUGCUUAGUUUCACUUGAAAUUAUAAAACAAAAUAUAAUUUAUGCUUUACAUUUUGGGUUUUCAUUAAAAAAAAAAAUGUUUUUUUUACCAUAGUUUAACUCAAGUUACUACAGUAAAACCAUGGUUAUAGAUUUGUUAUGAAAAAUGUUUAAACUGGCUCACAUUGAUGGUCCAAUCAUAAUUGUAAGUCAUUAGUUUAUAUAAAACUUGAGAUGUUAUGAUAAAUGUGAUUGAAAUAAAAUGAUGCACCCUUUUCUGAAGUUAUUUUGAAUAAGCAUCAUCAUUCACAAAUUGUGCCCUAUAACUAUUGUCCCAAUAUCUACACUAUAUCUGUCUUGCGGGCAUUUUACCACCUUUAUUUAUAUCAAAGCAACCUUCCGUUACUUAUUUUCACACACAUUGUGUUGU